AUGGGGAAGAAGGCAAAGGCGAAGCUGCAACUCCGGGAGUCCGUCAUCGGAUUUAUACACCGAACCGAAAAGUUCGUUGAAAAUUACAACGCUGACACCGAUUUCCACCAACUGCAAGCACGGAUAGGAAAACUGGAUGAGAAGUGGAGCGAGUUUAAAAACGUACAAGGUGAAAUCGAGGAAAUGGAGGAGGAUGAAACCAACAUGGAGACGCAUGAGGAGGUUCGAGCGGAGUUCGAGGAGCUGUAUUUUAAGGUAAAGGCAAGGUUGAAAUCCAAACUACCACCCUCAACCCCCUCUUCCACUACUACUACUCCCACUAGAGAUAAGAAUAAGAAGCGCCAUGUCAACGCGCUUUUGCAGUACCCGAAGGUGAAAAAGAUGUCGGCAAAUGGUAUUCACGAUUUGAUUGAAUGUUUCGAUCGACAUACGAAGAUUCUUGAUCAACUGGGAGAGAAUACUUCGGACUGGGGAGCGAUGUUGAUGCAGCUGUUGGUGUCGAAGCUUGAUGAUGAGUCGCUCAAAGACCGGGAGGAGCGUGCGGUCAAGAAAAAUGAUCCUGUUUUCGCGGACGUUAUGGAGUUCCUCGAAGGACAGACACGGAUUCUGGAUGCUGUAGCAGUCGAUCGUCGCUCGGAGAAUUUACAAUCAUCUUCCUCUGCUACUAACUCCGGCUUCAAGAAAUCAGUACCCAAGUUUUCUGUGCAUGCAACCACUGAUACUCCUACGAUGCAGUGUCAGCAAUGCAAUGGUCGACAUUAUAUCACAAGCUGUCCUGUAUUUGAGCGGAUGACACUAGAUAAACGGUUCCAAGUAGUCAACUCUAAGAAGCUGUGCAGCAACUGUUUGAGACAAGGUCAUCUGAACCGUGACUGUACAUCGCGUUUCCGUUGCCACACUUGUAGUAAGAAACACCAUUCUCUUCUACAUCCUGGAAUAGGGGCGUCGGUUUCCACUUCAACUGUUGGUCCACUGACGCAGGCGCCUUCUACGGCUCGGCCACAACCCAGCAAUUCUACACACGUGGUUUCCAUAGACGAUUCAUUACAAACGAUGCAGAGUUCGGUGGCCACUAUUUUCGCUUCCAACGUCGCAACAGAGCAUCGAGAGUUCCAUGUAUUUCUUUCAACGGUUCUGGUGUCAGUGAAGGACUGCAAUGGGCGUUCACAUCUAGCUAGGGCGCUUCUGGAUAGCGGGUCACAGGCGAAUAUUAUCUCGGAUCGUCUGUGUCAGAUUCUAAAGUUACAUAGGAAGGAAGUUAACGUACCGAUCUCUGGGAUUGGCAGUUCCACUUUCCGAGUUUCACACUCCGUUACGACGACGGUUUCAUCUCGAAUUAGCGAUUAUUCCAUACCGAUGGAAUUCCUAGUAAUGAAGAAAGUGACUGAGGACCAACCAUCAGCGACUAUCCCCAUCGGAGACUGGAAUCUCCCAACCGACUUCCAGUUGGCUGACCCAGGCUUCAAUAAACGUGGCACGAUCGACCUUCUUCUCGGAUUGGAACACUUCUACGAGUUCCUCCUGCUCAAUGGUGGCCGGGUUCAAAUCCAGCUUAUAGGCAACGGGCUUCCAUUGCUCGUCAACACAGUAUUCGGUUGGGUUGUAGCAGGAAAGGUGAACCUAGGUCAAAUGAAUCCAAUUCCUAGUUGUCAUGUGGUAGUUGGCAACUCGUUGGAGCAGAAGAUCGAGCGGUUUUGGACGAUCGAUGAAAUUCAGGACGCCCCACGGUUCUCACAGGAAGAGAUCGAUUGCGAAAACCAUUACAGAGUCACGUUCUCACGCGAUAUGUGGUUCGGCUUCCGAAACGAGUGGGCUUCGACAAGAUGA